AUGGUCAACAUCUUCACCAAAGUGAACUCCAGAAAAUUUGAUUACUCCAAACCCAAUGAUAAUGCUGCAAGGAUUGAUUGGUCAAGAUCCUCCAAUUUUGUGGAGAUUUCAGAGCUGAGACAAGGCUGGCUGGAGAUUAGAGCUGCAAUUCAGGAUUUUGAAUGCUGGUGCAACCCUGAGCAUUAUGAAUUGUUUUACAAACUAAAGGAUCUCCUACAUUUCUUGAAGAGGAUGGUUCAGGUAAGGUUAUAUGACAUACCAAAACAAGAACAGAUUGAAUUACAUGGCGACUUACUUCUUGAUGUUAGAAAGAAGGUGUCAAAAGAAUUUCCCGAGUAUUGGGAUAGUUUAGAAACAAAGCUGGUCACAUUUCAAAUUGAUGAUCACUUUAAAGAUUACUUUGAGAGUGAGAUUGAAGCCCAAUGA